AUAGCUUUAGUUCUUGAAACUGAGGCUACUGCUGACAAUUCUUUGAUAGUUCUAUUUUUUUAAUCAACUAGGAUUUAGCUAAGACUCUUGUAUGAAUACUUGAAGACGUUAAAGCUAUAAAUAGAUCGUAAGAGUUUGAUCAUAUAUAUAAUCCAAAUUAUCUUGAAAAAUCCAUCCCAAUGGCUCAUCUGUUAGUCUUUUCGGUGUUCACAAGUAUAGUCAUCUUUUCAUGCCCACAAACUUCCACAUCCAUAACUACCUUCAAUCCAAAACACAACAAUGUCACUGAUCGACAAGCACUUCUCUCCUUCAAAUCCAUGAUAUCCAGUUAUCCAAGAAGAUCACUGACCGCGUGGAACGACUCUAUUCAUUUCUGUCAUUGGCCAGGGAUCACUUGUGGUGGCUUGCGACAUCCUCAAAGGGUCAUAUCCUUGAACUUGAGCUCCCUCGAUCUGGUUGGAGUUAUUUCAACGGCCAUAGCCAAUCUCACAUUUCUCAGGAAGAUUGAUCUCUCAAAUAAUCAAAUUAAUGGAUCCAUCCCACAAGAGAUUGGUCGCCUUCCUCGGUUGCGGUAUCUUUACUUGAGUUUGAAUUCUCUUGAAGGAGGUAUCCCCGCUUCAUUCUCUCACUGUUCGAAACUAGAGGUAUUGAGUUUGUCGAAUAACAAGCUCCAAGGUGAAAUUCCAGCCAGUCUCAGUAACUGUACUAGCCUGCAAAUACUAAAUUUGAGCAACAACAGUCUUACAGGGUAUAUACCACCUUCGUUAACAAGAUUUUCCGUGCUUUCUAUACUAUCAGUGUCUGGAAACGGCUUAUAUGGCAGCAUCCCACCUAGCAUAGGGAACAUCUCGUCUCUUACUAGCCUUUCACUUGAUAAUAAUGAAUUAAUAGGAAGCAUACCACAUUCAAUCGGUGGACUAUCUGAACUAGAAGAACUUCAUUUGUCCUUUAACAUCCUCUCUGGAGUCAUAACACCUUCACUGUGGAAUCUCUCUUCUCUUUCUUAUUUAGAUUUGUCAUUUAACUAUCACCUAUCUGGCUCACUCCCACCUAACGUAGGCCGAGCUCUUCCUCUGCUUGAAGUAUUUGACCUGGACUGUAACCAAUUUCACGGACCUAUCCCAAUGUCAUUGUCCAAUGCAUCUCAUCUUCGAGACAUUGAUCUUUCUAAAAAUAGCUUUAGUGGCAUAAUCCCUCCUAGUCUCGGAAGUUUACAAGAGCUGAAAGCACUACGUCUGUAUGUUAACCACUUGGAAAUCAUGGAACCUGAUGGAUGGAAUUUCCUAACUGCUUUAACCAAUUGUACCCACUUACGGGUAUUGGGCCUAGCAUCAAAUAAUCUUAGUGGCAUGCUACCAAAUUCAAUCGCCAACUUUUCCACCAAUCUUCAGUUUCUCAGCAUGCAUGAUAACAAUAUCUCUGGAACCAUAUCUUCUGAUAUUGGAAAUCUUGCAAACCUUCUGGUAUUUAAACUGCAUGGAAAUUUGCUUCAUGGCUCUAUUCCAUCAAGCAUCGGGAUGCUCCAUCAGUUGAAUCUACUGGAAUUGGACAACAACAAGCUAUCUGGAGAGAUUCCAUCUACCAUCGGCAACCUUACUCAGUUGAAUUCUAUUCACCUAGAAUCCAAUGAACUGAGCGGGAAUAUACCAGCAAGUCUUGGAAAGUGCCAAAAUCUAAUUCUUCUACACCUCGACUCUAACAAACUUACGGGCAUUAUACCCAAAGAAAUAUUCUCCAUAACCGGACUCGCCAUAGCUUUACGUUUGGCAUCCAAUUCACUAUCAGGGCUAAUACCAUUUGAAGUCGGGAACUUAAGAAACUUGAAUGCAUUAGAUGUCAGCAUGAACAAAUUAUCAGGUGAAAUCCCUAGCACUCUCAGUGAGUGUCAAGUGCUGCAGGAGCUUUAUCUCGGUGGAAAUCUCUUUGAAGGAAGCAUUCCUUCUUCUUUAGCCUGGUUAAGAGGCAUCCAGAAGAUUGAUGUCUCAAAAAAUAACUUUUCAGGAAAAAUACCAUAUUUCUUACAAGACUUUCAUCUACUAGACUAUUUGAAUCUGUCCUUCAAUAACUUUGAAGGUGAAGUGCCACAACUUGGCGUGUUCGAAAAUGCAAGUGCAGUUUCAGUUAUUGGAAAUGAUAAGCUUUGUGGAGCGAACCCAGCAAUGCAUCUGCCAGCAUGCCCUUCGGAACCGUUUAUUAAGAAAGGUGACUCGCAUUCAUUGAUAAUGAUCAAUGGCAUCACUAUUUCAUUUGUAUUCUUGAUUCUGUUAUUCUGUUUCUUCGUUGUCCGACGCCGUAGAAAGAGUUCAAGAAGAAGAUCUCAUGAGUUAUCACCAGCAAACAAGCAAAAUGAGAAAGUCUCUUUUAGUGAACUGGUGAAAGCCACAAAUGGAUUCUCCGAGGACAAUAUAAUUGGGACUGGAAGUUUUGGUACAGUAUAUAAAGGACUACUUCAUGGUGAAAGUAGGAAAGUUGUUGCUAUAAAGGUACUAAAUCUUCAAAUACGAGGAGCAUCGAGGAGCUUUCUGUCAGAAUGUGAAGCCUUGAAGAACAUCCGGCAUCGGAAUCUUCUCAAAAUCCUUACAAUAUGUUCAAGUGUAGAUUUCAAAGGUAACGACUUCAAAGCUGUGGUUUUUGAGUUCAUGGACAACGGCAAUUUAGAUGAUUGGUUGCAUCCCAAAGCAAAUGUGGUAUUCAAACAAAAGAAACUUAACCUUGCUGCAAGAUUGAACAUAGCCAUUGAUGUGGCUUCUGCUUUGCAUUAUCUACACCAUCAAUGUGGGACGCCAAUAAUUCACUCUGAUUUGAAGCCUAGCAACAUUCUUCUCGAUGUUCAGAUGACUGCCCAUGUUGGCGACUUUGGGCUGGCGAGGCUUCUGACGGAAAUUGUCAGCAAGUCAUGUCAGAACUCGACAAGUUCAGUUGGUCUGAGAGGAACUAUUGGAUAUAUUGCUCCAGAGUAUGGUGUGGCGAACAAAGCUUCAACCAAUGGAGAUGUAUAUAGCUAUGGAAUUCUUCUACUUGAGAUGAUUACUGCAAAAAGACCCACCGAUGAUACUUUUGUAGGAGGCCACAUUCUUCGCAAGUUUGUGGAGAUGGGGUUUCCUGACAGAAUCACUGAUAUUAUUGAUUCUCAUCUUCUCCUACUGGAAGAUGGCAAAGCAAAUGGUGGUGGUGGUGGUGGUGGUGAAGAUGAUGGUUGGAGGUUGAAUGAUGAAAGAAUUGUAGAGUGUGCAUCUUCGUUGCUUAGACUUGGCAUCCUAUGUACAAAUGAACUUCCAGAAGAGAGAAUGGAGAUGGGAGAUGUCAGUAGAGAAUUGCACAAGAUUAGGGACGUAUUCUUAAGAAAUGGAACUCCAGAAGAGGGGGGCAGAUAUCAGAUGAAUGGUGGAGGUCCAUCUUUAUUUGUUCAAGCAGAGGAUAGCAGGGAGAUUGUAGCUGUGGAGGAAUCAAAUCUUUAAACACAAACAGUAUCCAUAAGCUUUAUGGCAGAAUGACAGCAAUUCAAUCCAAAGAUAUUGAACCUUAUGUGGAGCUUGAAAAUGGCAUUUUUUAUAUGGCUUCUUCUUUCGAAAAGCCAGAGUUCUCAAGAAAAUUGUCAGAAGCAUGUUAGUAAGAGAACCAUAUCAUGCUUUAAAAUUUUCAAAUAAGAGAAUAAACAUUUUUCUUGAGAAAUUUCAAAUUCAAAUUUUGGUUUAAAAGCAUAUUAUGCAUUGUCAAUGCUAUUAAUGAUACGUACGAGAA